AUGCAUAAACAAGCAGCAGACAUAUACGAAAAACCAAGAAAAAUAUUGACAUUGAUCGAUAACAGAUUAUCUACCUUGAAAAUGCAUGCACGAAAAUUAACCUGUCUCUGUUUUAGGAACUUUCCGAUAGCUCAUAAACGAUUUUUUUCUUCAAGAAAGCUAUCAAAUGCUGAAGUCAGAAGAAAAAGAAAUGAUUUAUUUGAAGCAGAAAAACAGAGACAAUUAUCAUUAUAUGAACGAAUUGAAAAAGUGGAAGUGCAAUAUACUGGCUUGCCUGAAUCAUGUACACUAAUUAUGAACAAAGGCAUAUCUACUCCAUAUAACUGUGCUAUGCAUAUGACAGAACACAUUGGAAACCAAGCAGUGUUAGCGUUAGUGAAUGGAAAACUAUGGGAUAUGCAUCGACCAUUAAUGGAAGACUGUCAGCUAUCUUUCUUACAUUUUAGGGACGAAGAUCCGAGAAUGGUUAAUAAGGCUUUUUGGAGAUCCUGUUCUUUCAUCCUUGGAGGGGUAUUAGAAACUGCAUUUAAAGAGGAAUUCUAUAUUCAGCUUUGCAGUUUUCCUAAACCUGAUGUACGUAGUGGCAGUUUUGUAUAUGAUGUAGAUUUAGAUAUGUCAGAUUGGUCACCUUCAUCAGUAGAGUUACGUUGUAUUAGUCAGAUAGGUUCUAGAUUGAAAGAAAAAGAUUGUAAAUUUGAAAGACUUGAUAUGACAAUAGAGAAAGCUGAGGAAAUGUUCACAGACAAUAAAUAUAAGUUACAACAGAUACCAUCUAUAGCCUCAAAAUCUGAGUCAUUGAAUCAUGUUACAGUUUACAGAGCCGGAGAGCAUAUAGAUAUUAGCCGAGGGCCUAUGAUUUCUACAACAGCAUUAUUAAAUAGAUUUGAUAUUUCAGCAGUACACAAGUUGGACACUAGUUUAUCAAAUACUAUGUAUAGAGUUCAAGGCAUAGGUAUGCCUACACAGCUUCAGUUACACUACUGGACAUAUGAACAGCUGGUAAAUAGAAGUAAAAAGUUGAAUCCUGCACUCAUUCCUGGAACAGAGACACACACAGAUAUCCUAGAAUCAACAGAACCAGCAAAGCAACAAGCUGUAGAUUAAAGUGAUCAGCAGUCAAUACUCCUUUGUGAUCAGUUGAUAAAUGAACAUAUAAUUUGUAUACCCAGGAAAGAUGAAUUACUUUAUGGUCAGCUAGAAUUUGAAAUCAUGUGAAAACAACAUUACAUAUACAGGACUACAUCUAGCAAGCUUUAAUUUUGUAUUUCCUAGUUAUCAAGUGGAUCAGGUCUGGGGAAAAGAUUAUGAUAUACUACAUUUAGAAAACAUUUUGAUACUGUAUUAUGUAAUGGAACUAGUAGUGAAUAAAAUUUUCUACAACAA